AUGCCAUAUCCGGACGUUCUUGGCUACUUCGCUCCUCCAGGAACAGCCACAUCCAUUGGAGUUCGAUUUGUUAAAACCGAAAGAUUGCCAAACCCAUACGGAACAUGUACUACUCAGACAAUGCUUGAGGAGAAGCAUUAUAAAGGACCAUAUGAGGUGGAGUCAUGCUUUCGGAACUGCUUGCAGGAAAAGAUCAUCAAAAACUGUGGUUGCUAUGAUCCAGAAUAUCCACACGCCAAUGACAGUACCAUAUUGAGUUGUGACACCGUCAAUGACACUCUUUCAAGAUUGGACUGCAUCGAGCGCAUUUCGAAUGCUGACUCCUCAGUCUUCGACAUUAUCAAGGAAUGUAAUUGUCCACAACCAUGCAAGUAA